AAACCAAACUUCACCUUUUUUUUUAAAAAAAAAUAAUUUAAAAAAAUGCUUGUGCUCUACGAGACUGCUGCUGGUUACGCUUUAUUCAAGCUUGUUGACGAUGGCAAGAUGGAGAAGCCUGAGGAGAUUUACAAGGAUUUCGAAACCUCUGAAAAAGCCAAUCAAGCUAUUAAGUUGAAGGCUUUCAAGAAGUUCGAGAACACCACUGACGCUUUGUCUGCCGUCACUGGUAUUGUUGAGGGAAAGAUGCCCAAGAACUUGAAAAAGUUCUUGGAAACAGAGAUUUCCGAAAAGGAAAUGAAGAAGGAGAAGUUGGUUAUCAGUGACCCUAAGCUUGGUUCUUCCAUCAACAAGAAGUUGGGUAUUAACGUCUUAUCUGACUCUACCGUGCAAGAUCUUUACAGAGGUAUUCGUCAACAAUUCGAGUCUCUUGUCAGCGGUCUUUCUCAAUCCGAUUUAUCUGCCAUGUCUCUCGGUCUUUCUCACUCUCUCUCCCGUUAUAAGCUCAAGUUCUCUCCCGAUAAGGUUGAUACCAUGAUUGUCCAAGCCAUUGCUCUUUUGGAUGAUCUUGAUAAGGAACUUAACACUUAUGCUAUGCGUGUUAAGGAAUGGUAUGGUUGGCAUUUCCCCGAAAUGACCAAGAUUAUUGUUGAUAAUCUUGCUUAUGCCAAGGUAGUUAAAGCCAUGGGAUUCCGUACCAACUGUGCCACCACUGAUUUCUCCGAUAUUCUUCCUGAGGAACUCGAGACUGAAGUCAAGGAGGCAGCUGAGAUCUCCAUGGGUACUGAGAUUUCCGAUGAAGAUAUUGACAACAUUUUUGCUCUCUGUGAUCAAGUGAUCAACAUUACCGAAUACAGAACACAAUUGUAUGAAUACUUGAAGAACCGUAUGAAUGCCAUUGCUCCCAACUUGACCUCUCUUGUUGGUGAAUUAGUGGGUGCUCGUUUGAUCUCUCACGCCGGUUCUCUCAUGAACCUCUCCAAGCAACCUGCUUCUACCAUCCAAAUUCUCGGUGCUGAAAAGGCUCUUUUCCGUGCUCUUAAGACCAAGCAUAACACUCCCAAGUAUGGUUUAAUCUACCACGCUUCUUUAGUUGGUCAAGCUGGUCCCAAGAACAAGGCUAAGGUUGCUCGUAUGCUCGCUGCCAAGGCUGCUUUAUCUCUUAGAAUGGAUGCCCUUGGUGACUCUGAGUCUAACGAGGUUGGUGUUGAUGGUCGUUUAAAGAUUGAGUCUCGUAUUCAUAUGCUUGAAGGUCGUGUUGCUGCCAAGGCAAACAAGGAUGCUUCUAUCCAAAACCAAUCCAAGUUCAAGUUCAACAAGUCUCAGCAAUAUAGCGAAACUGCUGAUGUUGUCAUGACAGAGGCUGCUCCUGCUCCCAAGCGUAAGAUUGAAGAAGUCGAGCCUGAGGUCAAGGAAGAAGAGGUCGAAGUCAAGAAGGCCAAGAAGGAGAAGAAGGAAAAGAAGGAUAAGAAGGAGAAAAAGGAUAAGAAGGAGAAGAAGGAGAAGAAGGAGAAGAAGAACAAGGAUUAAUAGAAAAAAAAAAUCAUAAAUACAUAUCAAAAAAGAUCAUAAAAAAAAAAAGAAGUACAUCAUUUUUUUUUUUUUAAAAAACUGUUUAUUAUUCAUCUAUACGCUUUGUAAUUUUUUUUUUUUUCUUUUUUCUCUCUCCUCCCCACAAUAACUCAUUUUUAUACAUUCCAACCACCCACAAUCACACACUAGCUCCCCUUGUAUGUACAGCACAAGUCUACUAUAAAAAAAAAAUUCAAAAACAUAAAACUUUUCUCGUCAUUUUUUAAUCGUUUCUCUCAUCACUUAAUUAAAAUAAAUACUCUCAAACAC